AUGUCGACGACGCGACGAGCCGCAUUAUCGCUGUACCGCCGCUCACUGAAGCUGGCUUUGGACUGGGCAGUUCACCGCCACCUCUGGCGUGGCCAGGCUCUCUAUAUCCGAUCUCUAUUCGAAGCCAACCGCAAUGUUUCAGACCCAAAGACGCAAAGAGCACUCCUAUCAGAGACAGAGAAGCUGCUCGAGAGCUGGAAGCACCCUGAUCCAUAUGUCCAUCCCACAGCACCCGGAGGCUCCAAGUACGAGCGAAACUUACCCUCUCCAGUUCUCACACCACCACCCAACCAUCAUGUUUGA